AUGCCCUCGCUCGCAUGUGAGCGCCACAACGGCUCGCUUGUGUCUGCGCCUUCUCCGAUCGACGUUAUUCUUGCCCGCAAGGAGACCAGCAAACAAAUGGCAUCCUCCUCCGCCUCCUCUGGCGCUGCUGCCGCCGUGCGCUUCGUCGCCAGCGCCGGCAACAACAAGUCGAUCCCCCGCAUCGGCUCUCUGUACCUGCAGCUGCGCGUCAAGCCCGGGACCAGCAGGCAGCGCGAGGGCAUCUCGUCCGUCACCGGCGACCGCAUUGAGCUCUGCGUCGCCGCCCCGGCCCGAGAUGGCGCCGCCAACGAGGCCGUCGUGCGGCUGCUCGGCGACGCCAUCCGUCUGCCCAAGACGCGACUGCUCCUGGUCCAGGGGGCCAAAUGCAGGGACAAGACGGUUGUGGUGCGCGACGUCGCCGAAGACGGGGCCGGCGCGUAUGCGGCGACGGUGCUUGACUUGUUGCGAAAGGCAAGUCGAAACCCUUAG